ACACACAGCCCAGAGCAAGUGAAGGUGUCACAUGAUGCGUGGCCUGUGAAGCACAGAAGCAGUAUUGAAUUCCUGCCACCUUUCAUGUCUGAGCUGAGGGUUGUUCUGCUGGGGAACAGCUGGUCUCAGAGGAGUUCAGUGGGGAACUUCAUACUGGGAGAGACUAAGUUCAACACUGAGGAAGAACCAGACUGCUGUCUGAGAGUCAGUGGACAGAUAAAGGAUAAAGAAAUAGUUCUGAUCAACACUCCAGAUCUGCUGCAUCUCAACAUCUCUGAAGACAAACUGUCAGAACAUGUAGAAAAGUGUGUGAGACUCUCUGAUGCUGGACCUCAUGUGUUCCUGCUGGUUCUACAGCCUGAAGACUUCACUGAGGAACACAAACUGAGACUCUGCAGAGUCCUGGAACUCUUCAGUGAUCAAUCAUUUGAUCAUUCAUUGAUACUGAUAUCAACAUCCAAAUAUCAUGACAGUACAAACUUUACGCAAUAUCCACCAUUAAAAGACUUGAUCAGAAAAUUUAAAUACAGAUACCUGAAGCUGAAGAACCUUGAACAUCCAGAGUUGUUAUCACGUUUGGGUCAAACUGCAAAGGAGAACCGUGAUGUGUUUGAGGAUGCAACUGCUAAACAAAGCCUAAAACAAAAGGAAACUCAGUCUGAGCGGACAUCUUACACGGCAAGGGCAAAAAACUAUGUAACCAGGUGGUUAAAAUCAAACACAUCACACAAUUCCCCAUCAGUUCAAAGUACAAUCACACAAGCAUCUACACUCAGAAUUGUGAUGUUGGGGAAGAGUUUGGACAAAAAGACAGAACUUGGUCAUUUAAUGCUCGAGGGUCAAGAAUUUCAAGUCCUAAAACACUCCUCAAACAAGCAUUGUGCUGCUGCCUGUGGAGAGUGGAACGGUAAACCAUUAACAGUAGUGACAACUCCAGAUAUCUUCAGUCUGUCUCGGGGGAAAAUGAGAGAAGAGAUGAGAAGAUGCUUCAGUCUUUGUCAUCCUGGACCAAAUGUUCUGCUGCUGUUAGUGAACCCUUCUGAGUUCACUGAGAAGAACAGACAAACACUGAAGUUCAUCCUGAGUCUGUUUGAUCAAGAUGCCUUCAAACACUCGAUGGUCAUCAUGACACAUGAGGUGAUUGAACGCCUCAAUGUGAAACAGCUGCUUAAGGAAUGUGGAGGAAAACAGUACAGCAUGUUGGAGGAGGAUCAUAGAUCACUGAUGAAGAAGAUUGAGAACAUUGUGCAUGAAAACAAAGAAGCCUUCCUCACCUUCACUGAAGAGCCCAUCAGACCAAAGUCUGAACCCUUCAGAGCAGCUUUAAAUCUGGUCCUGUGUGGGAGUAGAGGAGCAGGGAAGACUUCAGCAGCCAAGGCCAUUUUAGGUCAUACAGAGCUUCAUUCAGUCUCCAGCUCAUCAGAGUGUGUUAAACAUCAGGGAGAGGUGUGUGGACGUUGGGUUUCCCUGGUGGAGCUGCCUGCCUUGUAUGGAAAACCUCAGGAGGCAGUGAUGGAGGAAUCAUUCAGGUGUAUCUCCCUCUGUGAUCCUGAGGGCGUCCAUGCCUUCAUCCUGGUCCUACCUGUGGGUCCCCUCACUGAUGAAGACAAGGGAGAGUUAGAGACCAUCAGGAACACAUUCAGCUCUCGAGUCAAUGACUUCACCUUGAUCCUGUUCACCGUGGAGUCAGAUUCUACAGCUCCAGCUGUUGUUAACUUUAUAAAGAAGAACAGAGACAUCCAGGAGCUCUGUCAGAGCUGUGGAGGAAGAUAUGUUGUUCUCAACAUCAAGGACCAGCAGCAGAUCCCAGAGCUGUUGGAUGCUGUGGUCAGUCAAUCUAAACAGAAACCAUCCUGCUAUACAACAGAAACAUUUGCACAAGCACAAAUGAAAAAGAUCAUACAACAAGAGAAACGUAUCAAGAGGUAACUCAAGUUUGAUGUUACAGGUGAUGAUGAGGAGCAGAGCCCAGAGUGUCUCAGGAUUGUGCUGAUAGGGAAGACUGGCUGUGGAAAAAGUUCUUCAGGAAACACCAUCCUAGGAAGAGACGAGUUUGAAGCUGAAUCAAGCCAAACAUCAGUCACCAAACGCUGUCAGAAAGCAGUGGGAGAGGUGGACGGUCGUCCUGUUGCUGUAGUCGACACUCCUGGUCUGUUUGACACAACUUUGUCCCAUGAAGAGGUUAAUGAGGAGAUGGUGAAAUGCAUCAGUCUUCUGGCUCCAGGACCACAUGUCUUCCUGUUGGUGUUACAAAUCGGCAGAUUUACACCAGAGGAGAAGGAGACAAUAAAGCUCAUCAAGAAAGGCUUUGGGAAGAAUUCUGAACAGUUCACCUUCAUUCUUUUCACCAGAGGAGAUGAACUGGAACAUGAUGAGAUAUCUAUUGGGGAGUACAUUGGAAAAAAAUGUGAUGAUUCCUUUAAGAAGCUGAUUGCUGACUGUGGAGGAAGAUACCAUGUGUUCAAUAACCAUGAUAAAGAAAAGCAUAAACAAGUCAGUGAGCUGAUAACCAAGAUUGACACCAUGGUGAAGACAAAUGGAGGCAGCUGCUACACUAAUGAGAUGCUGCAAGAGGCCGAGGAAGCUAUAAAGAAUGAAGUGCAGAGGAUCCUGAAGGAGAAGGAAGAAGAGAUGAAGAGAGAGAGGGAGGAGCUGAGAAGAAAACAUGAGGAAGAAAUGCAAGAGAUGAAAAAAAGAAUGGAAGAACAGAGAGCAGAAAUUGAAAAGGAGAGAAUACUGAGAGAAAAACAACUUGAGGAAAAGCAGGAGAGGAUCAACAAGGAACGUGAGGAGAGAGAGAAAGAACAGGAAAUGAGAGAAGAAGACGACAGGAAGAGAAAACAACAGGAAGAAAUUCAACGACAGGAGUGGAAACAAAAGCUUAAUGUUUUGGAGCAAAAAUUAAAGUUAGAGUCAGAAUCAAAGGACAGAAAGCUGGAGGAGAGCAGAGAAGAGAUGAUGAAAGAACGAGAGAACUUGGAGAGAAAACAAAAAGAAUGGUGGGAAAAACGAAAACAAGAUGAACAGAGACGACAGGAAGAACAAAUAAGACUUCAAAAGCUUCAAAAAGAGUUUGAACAGGAAAAAGAAAAAUAUGAAAAGAGGAAAAAUGAAGAGGACCGAAAUAGAAGAGAACAAGUAGAGAAAGAGAGAAAAGACAAGGAGGAAAAGCAGAAAGCAGAAAUUGAAAAGGAGAGAAAACAGAGAGAAAAACUACUUCAGGAAAAGGAGGAGAAGAUAAAGAGGGAACAUGAGGAGAGAAAGAAAGAACAGGAAAUGAGAGAAGAAGAAGACAGAAAGAGAAAACAAGAGGAAGAAAUUCAGCGACAGGAGUGGAAACAAAAAGUUGAAGCUUUGGAGCAAAAAAUAAGAUCAGAGUCAGAAUCAAAGGAAACUAUUGACAGAAAGCUGGAGGAGAGCAGAGAAGAGAUGAGGAAAGAACGAGACGACUGGGAGAGAAAACAAAAAGAAUGGUGGGAGAAACGAGAUCAAGAAAAUGAACAGAGACAAAAGGAGGAGCAAACAAGACUGAAAAAGCUUCAAGAAAAAUAUGAACAAAGGGAAAAAUGUUUGAAGAAAACAAUGGAAGAGGAACGAAUCAGAAGGGAACAAGAGGAAAAAGAGAGAAAAGACAAAGAGGUAAAACAGAGAGCAGAAACUGAAAAGGAGAGAAAACUCAAAGAAAAACUAUUUGAAGAAAAGGAGGAGAAGAUAAAGAAGGAGUAUGAAGAGAGAAAGAAAGAACAGGAGAUGAGAGAAGAAGAAGACAGGAAGAGAAAACAACAGGAAGAAAUUCAACGACAGGAGUGGAAACAAAAAGUUGAAGCUUUGGAGCAAAAAUUAAAGUUAGAGUUAGAAUUAAAGGACAGAAAGCUGGAGGAGAGCAGAGAAGAGAUGAGGAAAGAACGAGAGAACUGGGAGAAAGAAAGAAAAGAAUCGUGGGAGAAACGAAUACAAGAAAAUAAACGGAGACGACAGGAAGAACAAACAAGAUUGAAAAAGCUUCGGGAACUAAACGAUCAGGAGAGAGAAAAAUACGAAAAGAAGAGAAAUGAAGAGGACCGACUCAGAAGAGAACAAGAGGAGAAAGAGAGAAAAGACAUGGAGGAGAACUAUAAGAAGAAAAUGGAGAAUCUGAUGAAGACACAUGAAGAGGAGGCCAGAAAGAAAGCUGAAGAGUUCAAUGAAUUCAAAGAGAAAUACAAGAAGGAAUCUGCAGCUCAGAAACAAGAGCACGAGAAACAAAUGGAAGACAAAGAGCAGCAGUAUGAACUCUUAAAGGCUCGUUCAGACAGCAGUGAAGAACAACUGAAGAAAAAACAUCAAGGUGAAAUUUGUGAUUUGGUGAAAUGUGUGACCAAAAGGAGAGAAAAUCUGAAAAAAAUCAAAGAAUUACUGAAAAAACACGAAAAAGAAAUGAAGAGAGUGAAAAAUGAAGAGGAAAAGAAGGACCUGCAGAAAACACAUGAAAGUCAAAUAAGUGACUUGAUACAGGAACUUGUGACACAGGUCGACCCAUCAAGGUGUCGCAUUUUAUGAUUCAUGUCACAACAGCAGAGCAGUUUCAGAUGUACUUCAUUCAUUCUGGAAUUAUUUGGUUUCAAUAACUGAAACUUUAAAGAAGCAGAGACUUCACUGUGAUAAUUUGCAGUGGACUACACUGUAAUGUUUAUCAUGGUGACAUACUGUAAAGUCCAAAACACACCGGCCUCGCCACAUGACGGCAGCAUCAUUGUCGCGAGUCAAGUGCCACCCCCAACACACACAGCAAGUGUCACGCUGCGGGGCGUCAACCGGAAUUCUAUCGCACACUCCACUCUGUUAGGUGGCAGUAAUGUCACUAGCUGGCUGCCAACUGCCAAUUAUAACAAAAGACGAGGAAGAAGACACAGGAAGAGAAAGAAAACACACAACGCAGGACGACCACAACCACGACCAUGACAACCAGACAACAACGGUACCAAUUAACAAACAAUAGAUGGCGCCAAAGUUCUGCUUCUCUUCUCUUCAACAGAGCUGCUACUACGGGAGCUGGGAAGUACAAAAUAGGCUUUUCUCUGAAAAAGAAGUGCUUUUUCAAGGGCAGCGACACUGGAAAAUAGGACAAUAGACGCGCAUCAACAUGCUGUCGGUGUGGGUUUGUAAAUAGAGAAUAAUGGGGGCGUCUGUUUUGACGUGUGUCGUACGGCGCCGGUGUGUUUGGCCUUUAAUACUUCUCAUUGGCUGUCAGGUGUCAAAAUCAGGAGCCUGUUGUGUUGUCACGAUACUAAAAUAUCAAACUUGAUACUCAGUACUAUUUUCAAUACUACAGAAAAAAAAA